AUGGCACCUCGAAUAUCUCCACAAGCUGUGCAAGCAGACAAUACGCCAGUCACACACGUCCGUGUGGUGGUACACACCCUUGGUGCAGCUGGUCCUAACACCAGCGAUAACCACUGGUCAAUUUACUUGAUUCAUCCUGAUGGUGUGUCGUCAACUCGAAUCAACAUGAGGGCUGAACUCGAUAACCCGACGGGAAUCCUUGAGUGGACUCGGCAUGGCUACGUCCAAACCACAUCUGCAAUCACAUAUUGGGACUUCCCGGUCGGAGUAGGAAUCACUACAUUAUUCUUCGCACGUCUCAUCUUUAGUCGUCACCGUGAUAAAUAUGAGAUGUCCGGGGGAGGUUCGGGCUGCCGGUGGUGGGUCUACACGAUCAUAUCUGACCUAUCGGAAAACAACUAUAUCCACCAGGGUGCCCCGGGUGAGAUUUGGCCCAACCUAUUAUUUAUUUAUCACAUGAAUAAGGAGCGAAAGUCAUUACAUAUGGUUUACGGAGAAUUCUAUUAG